CGGCCGUAUUCGUUCCCAGGCUCUCGGGUCACUGGACACGGUGCAUCCAAUAGUGUACACAUGUAAAAGAAAAACGCCCUUCCCAGCAGUGUUGCAUCAGGGAGGAGACAUCCCUGACCCUGCCAUCCACCACUGCAGAACUUUAAACAUCCUUUCGCCCCCCAAUCGGUGCCGCUGGGAUUCCGUACAUUUAUUCUUAUUUUUCUUCCCUUCUUCCCCUCCCCUCCGGUCCCUGAUCGGCACCGUGCUUCCCCCACACCGGCCGUUCUGGACUCCCACUUCCGACACCCGCCCUCUCGCCCACAUCCAAGGCUCAUGAUAGUAUCCUGAUGUCGGAGUGAUCAGAGGUGAACCAGCAUGCUCUUCAAAUCCACAGUCGGCAAGGCAGACGCCGGCGGCGACGACGUCUCCUUUCGGAACCAUGACCGCGACGUCGGGCCCGAGGCGACCGAAGCCGGGACGGGCUCGGACUCGGACGACUUCCGCGUCAUCGACCCGCACUCCGGGAUCAAGCGCGGACUCAAAAGCAGGCAUCUGUCCAUGAUGGCCCUGGCCGGCAUCAUCGGCCCGGGCCUGCUGGUCGGCGCCGGCGGCGCGCUCUCCUCCGGCGGCCCGGCCUCGCUGCUGAUCGGCUUCGGCGUGAUCGGCAUCGUCGCUUUCUCCAUCAUGCAGAGCCUGGGCGAGCUCACCACGCUGUAUCCGACCGGCGGCGCCUUCACCUCCCUGAGCGAUCGCUUUGUGGACAAGGCCUUUGGCGCGGCGGUCGGGUGGAAUUACUACAUUGUGUGGUUCUGCGUCCUCGCGAACGAGUACAACGUUAUCUCGAGCAUCCUGGUCUUCUGGAGCGACAAGGUGCCGAUCUGGGGGUAUUUCCUCAUAUUCUGGUUUGCGUUCCUCGGAUUCCAGCUGCUGGGCAUUGAGACCUUCGGGGAGGCGGAAUUCUGGUUGGCUCUUCUCAAGAUCAUUGGCCUGAUUGCCUACUUCCUCUUUAGCAUUGUUUACGCCUCGGGCGGCGUAAAAGGCGCGGAUGCCAUCGGCUUCCGGUACUGGCACACUCCAGGCGCUUUCACGGACGGUUUCAAAGGCGUCGCCACAGUCUUUGUUUUCUGCAGCACCUUCUACGCCGGCGUCGAAAGCAUUGCCGUCGCGGCGACCGAGACCCGGAACCCGCGGCACGCUGUCCCGCUCGCGAUCCGCCAAGUCUUCAUCCGCAUCAUCGUCGUCUACAUGGGCAGCGCCUUUUUCUUCGGCCUGACCUGCCCGGCCGAUGCCCCGGGCCUAGUCGGCGGCUCCAGCAAAGUGCUCAGGAGUCCCAUGACCAUCGCGAUCCAGAACGCCGGCUGGGAGGCCGGCGUGCAUCUCGUCAACGCCUUCAUCUUCAUCACCUGCCUCAGCGCCGUCAACAGCUCCAUCUACAUCGGCAGCCGCACGCUGCUGUUCAUGGGCCAGGACGGCAUGGCGCCCAAGUUCCUCGGCUGGACCGACAGCCGCGGCGUGCCCGUCCCCGCCAUCGUGCUCACAAACCUCUGCGGCGCCCUCAGCAUGAUGAACGUCAGCACCGGCGCGAGCAAGGCCUACAGCUACAUCGUCAACCUCAGCGGCGUGUCCACCUUCCUCGUCUGGGGCGCCAUCAGCCUGACCCACAUCCGCUUCCGCUCCGCCUGGAAGGCCCAGGGCCACAGCGAGCGCGACCUCCCCUUCGUGUCGCUGUGGUAUCCCUGGAACGCCUACUUCGGCCUGUUCGCGAACGUCUUCCUGGCCCUCGUCCAGGGCUGGUCGACGUUUGCCCCGUUUGACGGGGGCCUGUUUGUCGACGCGUACAUCCUGCUGCCGCUUUUUGGCGUCAUCUAUGUCGUGUACAAGUUCGCCUUCAAGACCAGGCUGUGGCGGGCUCAUGAGAUUGAUCUGCAGUCUGGCAGGAGGCGGGAUCUGGACGAGGGCAAGCGGUUGGAUGCGGGGCCGAGCUACGGGUCGCAGUCUUGGUGGCGCAAGAUCUUCCAGAGCCUAUGAUGUGGUAAUUCGAGUUAGGAAGGCUCGAGCUGUAAAGACUUGGUUCCAUGAUACCCCUCGCAAUAGUAAAGAAGCAAGGCGUUGGAGGCAACGCUUGAACCCUGUUCGGAUUACUCAAAACGAUGAAUCAUGUCAAAUCAAACAACCCCAGCCGUAACAGACCGCCACAGUGCACAUCCGAGGCAAAUCGUCCAUUCUCUGCGCCCUGGAUGCCUCCAGAAAACCGGUUCCGGGCUCCAUUCUUCAACUUCCCCACGAAGAACGUCGCUCACCUAUCCUGGGUGUCAGCAAGGAUAUACCGGGGAGGGCCGGAGGGAAACUCGUGGAAUCUAUAACACGAACUCUGUGGCCGUCCUCCUGCAAUGCUCUGCCAGAGCCUCCGUCCAAUCGGUUAUCUUGGAAAUAUUGGAGUCGACUUCAUCCCGACAGUGACGAUCUACCCGUCGAGUCAUCCCCGACACCGUGUGCAGGAGAUCCGAGAACUCGACUUUAGGUACAGCCGACUUCGUUUCCUGCCACACACCUAUCUGUCAUGCCCGUGUGUAGUUCACGGGCAUCUGGAUCAGCUGAUUA